AGUUGACAGCUGUCGAAGCCAGCUGGACUUGGGCAAAAGUUUGAAUCUUUUUAUUUCGCGUUAUUUUACAAGUUUGUGAAUGCAGUUAGCUUUAUUUAAAAUAAACUUUACACAAAAUUCAGUGCUGCACAUAUAAAACUAGUCAAAAUGGCGCAAGCAGCAAGUGCACCGCCGAAAGAGCGGUAUAUUCCGAAUGGAUUGAAAUUUGCCUUUGGUGGCCUUGCUGGAAUGGCGGCAACCUGUGUUGUGCAGCCCCUCGACCUGAUAAAGACACGGAUGCAGCUCAGCGGUGGAGGCAGGUCGUCCUUCGCUGUGGCCGGAGAGAUUGUAGCCAGAGAGGGCUUCUUCAACCUGUACACAGGACUCUCCGCUGGCCUGCUCAGACAAGCCACUUACACCACUACAAGACUCGGAGUGUACAAUUAUCUGUUCGAUGCCUACAAAGAGAAAAACGCUGGCGCCGCGCCAGGUUUCGGCACCAAAACUUUGUUAGGGGUGGCUGCUGGCUCCAUCGGGGCGUUCGUGGGGACUCCGGCGGAGGUGGCCCUCAUCCGCAUGACGGCGGACGGCCGGCUGCCUGUUGAACAGAGGAGGAACUACAAGAACGUCGCCGAUGCACUUAUCAGGUAA